CUCCGAGCCCGUCCCGAGUGUCGGCGAGUCGCUCCGAAUUCGCCCGAGUGAUUCCGAGUCUCGCCGAAUCGCCCCUCCCAAGCCUGCAUUCGAGCACACGCACACACCGCUGCGUGGAGAUGUGGCCGGCAGGGGGCGCUGUGUCAUGGAGGGAGGAGGGAGCGUUCCCGCAGCAACAGGGAAGAUGGCAGCCCUCACAUCUCUCACCCAGCUGUCGAGUGGGAACGCCAUCUAUGAAUCCUUCUACAGACAGGUGGAUCCCGGCAACUCCGGCCGAGUGGGACCGACGGAGGCCGCCGUCUUCCUCAAGAAGUCCGGCCUUCCCGACAGCACGCUGGGAAAAAUCUGGGACCUGGCGGACCCUGACGGGAAGGGCUUCCUGGACAGGCAGGGCUUCUACGUGGCGUUGCGGCUGGUGGCGUGCGCCCAGAGCGGGCAGGAAGUGGGCGUGGCCAGCCUGGGCCUGACCGUCCCGCCCCCUAAGUUUGAGAACAGCGCUGCCGAGUUCUACUGGGCCGUCAGGCCGGAGGAGAAGCAGAAGUUUGACGGGAUCUUCGACAGCCUGCUUCCUGUCGCCGGACUGCUGUCGGGGGACAAAGUCAAACCCGUCCUCAUCAACUCCAAGCUGCCUCUGGACGUCCUGGGGAAGGUGUGGGACCUCAGCGACAUCGAUAAAGACGGACACCUGGACAGAGACGAGUUUGCGGUGGCGAUGCACCUUGUCUACCGGGCCCUGGAGAAGGAGCCCGUCCCGCCCGUCCUCCCCCCGUCCCUGGUCCCGCUGUCCAAGAGGAAGAGGAGUCUGUCCCUGAUCAGCAGCUCGGUGUCCCCCAGUCCUCCGCCGCCCAAAGACUCCCUGAGGUCCACCCCGUCCCACGGCAGCAUGACGUCCCUCAACAGCGCCGGCAGUCUGUCCCCCAAGCACCCCCUGAAGACUGGACAGCACUCGGUGAACUGGGUGGUCCCCGUCUCCGAGCGCGGUCGCUACGACGACAUCUUCCUGAAGACGGACGCUGACCUGGACGGCUUCGUGAGCGGCCUGGAAGUGAAGGACAUCUUCAUGCAGUCCGGACUGUCCCAGAACGUCCUGGCUCACAUCUGGUCUCUGUCGGACACCCGCCAGCAGGGGAAGCUGACCCGGGAGCAGUUCUCUCUGGCCAUGCACCUGAUCCAGCAGAAGGUCCUGAAGAACCUGGACCCGCCCCAGACCCUGAGCCCGGACAUGGUCCCCCCGUCCGAGAGGAGUGUGUCUGGCUACGUGACUCCAGUCGGAUCAGACAUGGCAGCAGAGAUGAGACGGGACAGUUCCAGCUCGGUGGGUUCUGGAGAGUUCUGCAGCGUCAAGGAACCCGACGACAUCAGCCAGGAGAUCGCCCAGCUGCAGAGGGAGAAGUUCUCAUUGGAGCAGGACAUCCGGGACAUGGAGGACACCAUCAGACACAAGACUGCAGAAGUCCAGGACAUGCAGAGCGACCUGGACCGGGAGACGUCCGUCCUCCAGGACCUGGAGGCUCAGAAACAGGACGCCCAGGACCGCCUGGACGACAUGGACCAGCAGAAACACAAGCUGGAGGACAUGCUGGACCAGGUCCGGAUCAAGGUCCAGGAGGAGUCCCAGAUGAUCUCCUCCCUGCAGAACCAGAUCCGCUGUCAGGAGACGGACCUGCAGAACCAGGAGGACGAGCUGAGCCGGGCCCAGCUGGACCUGGACCGGCUGCACCAGGAGGAGGAGCAGCUGGCCCAGAACCUGGCCGCCGGCAAGGUCCAGCUGGAGACCAUCAUCAAGUCCCUGAAGGCCACGCAGGACCAGAUCCACCAGGCCCGCAGCAAGCUGUCCCAGAUCCAGGACAGCCAGCAGGACGUGUCCCGCAGCAUGGAGCAGUCCCUGAACGGGACGCACGGCGGGAGCAUGACCAACCUGGCCGACAUGAGCGAGCCGGACCGGGCCCAGGACGACCCGUUCCAGGGGAAACCCUCAGUGUUCCACAGCCAGCCCCAGGAGGUCUACGCCGACCCCUUCCAGAACCAGGACCCCUUCAGAACCGACCCCUUCAAAGGUUCUCCUGUCCUCAGGUUCCUCUGUGGUCCACACGUCCCCUCGUCCCCCUCUGGUCCUCAUGUUCUCCGCUGUCUCUCUUUAGGCGACCCGUUUCAGAACGAGCCCACCCCGGGAACAGACCCGUUCGGCGGAGACCCGUUCAAGGAGUCGGACCCGUUCCAGACCUCUUCAGAGGACUUCUUCAAGAAGUCCAGCAAGCUGGACCCGUUCUCCAGUCCAGACCCGUUCAGCAAAAGCUCCACGUUACCGUUAAAAGCGGGCCCAAACCGGGACUCCGGCUCCGACCCGUUCUGUUCCAGCCAGUCCAGAACCAGAGGGACAGACCUCUUUGGAACCUUGGACCCGUUCGGGACCGGCUCGUUCAGCAGCGGCUCGACCGGAUUCGCCGACUUCAGUCACAUGAUCAAAGAACCUGAGGGGAGAACCGGCUGGCAGCCCGACUUCCAGAAGUCCAUCUUUGACACUCCGGCUCUUCCUCCGAAGAAAAGCAUUCCUCCGAGGCCCAAACCGCCCAGUGGUAAGACCACUCCGGUAACGGCGGAGCACCCCAAACCAGGAGACCCCUUCCAGCCGUUCCGCGGCGACGCCGUCGAUCCGUUCCAGAUCAAGAAGUCUCUGGGAGACCCCUUCAGCGGGAAAGACCCCUUCGCCCCAGCUCCAAGACCUGACAAAACCAAGCUGGGGAACGAGGCCCAGCAGCUGGAGUGGGCGAAGCGGGAGAGCGAGCGGGCCGAGCGAGAGCGGCUGAAGCGCCUCCGGCAGCAGGAGCAGGAGGACCUGGAGCUGGCCAUCGCCCUGAGCAAGGCGGAGAUGUCCAACACGUGAGGAGGACGAUGGACAGAGACACACACACACACACACACACACACACACAAAAGGGAUAUGCUGCUGCUGCUGCUGAAGAAGAUGAUGAUGACGAUGAAGGUCCGCCGUUCUAACACUACCUGUAGGAAGCCGAUGACUCUGUUCUUUUGCUCCGCCCCCCCCCCCCCCCCUGUAAUGUGAAUCCUCGCCGUUGUUUACAUGUUGUGCACAACUCGCCCCGGUUAUUUAUCGGUCGGUUAGCCGGUUCCGUUUCGCCGUUCUUUGUGUCCCAGAGUGUUUCGCGACAAUAAAAACGCUUUUUUUUUUGUCGGA